GCUCUGUCUGAACCUGCCGUCGCUGUUUAGUAGCUGCGGGCGGGAAAUGGUGCUAUAGUUUGUACGGGUAUUUAUAUUUACUUACACACCGUUUUGCUGCCGCAUAAUCCGGAAAAUUUUUUUCCCUAAGAUGGGGAUUAAACAGUUUUUCACAAAUUUAUUAGACAAGAAACCGUAUUCAUCCUAUCCAGAAAUUUUAUGGGAAUCCGUCUUGGUACUGUGGUUUGCAUGCCAGAUUUGUUUGAAGAUUGGUUUACGCGUUCUUCCAGAAUGGGGAACCAGUCGCUUAGACCAGGAUACAUACAGCCCUUUCGAUUACCUACUCCAACGUUCUGGAUUGAAGGUUGACGAAUGCUUCUGGGACGACGCCUUGUCGGGAUGGAUCCAACCGCAUCUGUCCACCGCUGCCCGUUUGGUAUCGAGUGGCACGUCUGGGGUUCUUCCCCUUGCUUCAACCAGAAUCCUGGGCUACGCAGUCACAAUAACCACCAUCGUUCUUGCGGGCAUCUUAAGCGUCUCGUUAGUUUACCUGGCAGUCGUCAACCGCCACUGGACCCAACCGUUAGCGAAGAACCAGCUGCCGUACUGUCGCAGAUUUGCAACGCAGAUCCAAAAGUACAUUAAAUACGCCACCAGAAUUCAGCUGUCCGACUGCAUGGUAUUCGGGCUGCAUGUGGCGGUUGGCAUCGUCAGCUUCGUCGUCUACUACCCCGGCUGGAUGAUCUUCAACGCCUUGAUAGUAUUUAUGGCGUGGAUGUUUGUCACACUGGCCAUAAAUAUUGCUGGCCCAUCCGCGGUAUUUCCUGGCUGUAUCAUGUUUUCUAGCAUACUGACCGUUUACUGUAUCGGCAGAAUUUGGGGAUUGUGGAUGAAUAACACCUAUGCUGCACUGAUUAAAAAAGGAGUCAGAAAACUGACUGCUGCAAAAUCCACCGAGAAGCCUUUAUCAAACGAUGCCCCAUUGGAAAAGACAUUGGCUGGUAAUGACAGAAAGCAUGGAAGAGGACGCUGGGGAACUGCAGCAUGCUACAUGAUUGCCUUUUGCAUUGGAUGCAUUGUCGUCAGCCACAACGUCGACCCAUUGUUUAACAAAUUUCCCGCUGUCGUUCAAUGGUUAAGCAGCACCGUCACGAGCAACACCGGAAGUAGCAACACCGGAAGUAACAACACCGAAAGUGGCAACACCGGAAGUGGCAACGCCGGAAGUAGCAGCACUGGGAGUUGCAAUACUAGAAGGGGUAGCUGGACGUAUUGGCAGGUUGUCAGUACAACGGGGAACUGCACUAAACCCGGAACACGAUUCGGCCAAGAAAUCACGAUGCUGUCAUACUGGGUGGACCUGCAAUCUGCAGAACUGCGCUCGAUGCCAGCUAGCAGCAAUACCGCGCUGCUGCUCAGCUUCACCCCGUCCUUCUCACCAGCCGUCGGAUGGACGUUUCUGGUGUGGAGUGGAGUGCUGUCCGGCCUCAGCCGUAUACCGAUUAUGGCCAUGCGUUGUGCUGUAUGGAGCACGGUUGUCAUCUCCGUCAUGUACUCCUGUGGACUGCUCUUAUGGACGGGUGUUCGUGCCUGCUGUAAAAAAAGCCCACGAGAUGUUAAAGCCGAGCGAAGCAGUAGAAGCCCACGAGAUGUUAAAGCCGAGCGAAGCAGUAGGACCGAAAACAGGAAACAAUCACCGCUAUUAACUGCGGACGUUUCGACGCAGGAGACCGAUAUUGCGAACCGGGAGCCAUCGGCUCAUUUGCCGGAGUUGAUUAACGUUACGAUAGAUGAUACUCGCUCUUGCACUGUACCUUCCGACCAUUUGCUAGGGGAUACCAUUGGCAACCAAAAACUCCCGGAAGCAAAGGACAGUCACGCUGUAGAAGUGUCUAUCGAAUGUGCACCUAACCCGAAUGAUGCUGCGGAGCCAUCAGAAUGUGGCGGCCUGUGUGACAUAUGGGGUUAUAGGAAGUUAGGCCUGCUGCUCGUCAUUUGCCCCUUAUUGUGCGGCUGGGUACUCCCGUAUCCAGUGGUGGGCCUCUUCCUGCCUGAACGUCUGCAGCUGCCCGGCUUGCUGUUGCUGCUGACGGCGUACUCGAUUUGGAUGUACUGCAAGCUUGUACAGUUUGUCCGGCUGACGUGGCGCGAUUGGUGUUGCUGUACAAAAAAAUUGGAAGGGUGUUGCUUUGGUCGAAAUCGCGCGCAACAACCCAGCCCACACGCCGAGGAGUGUGUUCGUCUUUCUUAAAAUCAUUCGGCUGGUGUUCGGCUUUUUAGCUCGUUUUGUGAACCUGGCAUGAUUAAUACCGGAGGAGUUAAAUUUCUGCUGUCUUUAUUAAUAAAACAGAGUAUUUGUUGAUUUUUAGUGUAAAUUUCAAUAAGUUUAUUGGGCUGGACGAAAAAAAUGAUCUGAAUAUGAAAAUUGUUUUGUGGCUUCUGUGGCCGCGAUUUGCAUUCAUACAUAAACUUUAGAUAAUUCCA